AUGACCAUUGUCAACAGUUUUGAUGUUUGGAGUUUCAAAGAAGAACAUGACCAAUUGACCAAUGGUUUAGGGUUUCUGGAAAAUUUGAUGUUGGAUGAUGACUUGUUUGUUUGUGUUCAUGAAAUAAAGAUGUCUGAUGUUUGGUUGUUGCUGCACUAUAAGUCUCAUGACUUUGAUGUGAGGGUUGUAGACACUGAUAAAUGUCAGUUGAUAGACAUAUUCAUAGAUAUUUUUGAGGAAUCGACUAAGCAAAAUGUGUUUUUGCCUGAAAAGUUUAGGUUAUACACUAACUCACCCACUGGGAGGGUAGAAUUGGUUGAUGAUAGUGUAAUGCUGAGAAUGUGGGGGUGGAAUAUGGGGACUGACACCAUAGAGUUGUGGGUAGAGGAAUCAGACAGUCCUGGGGUAGCAUUUAGGUCUGCUGUAGCUCUGCUUGAAAGGCAAAGGAAGGAGGAUGAAAGGAAAAUGAGGGAGAGACAGGAAGAGGUUUUGAGGAUGCAAAAAGAGGCUGAAGAACAGAGGAGGGUAGAGGAGGAAAAGGAGAGGGUUAGGAAGGAAAUGGAGGAACAAAUGAGGUUCACAGUUGCCAUGGAGGUCCCAGUGGUGGAUGUGGAGAAUGAUGGGGUUGAGUAUGUGAGGAUAAUUACCUCAGAUGAUGCUGAUGAAGUGUUUCCUGGCCUAUCUCAACCAGAACCAGAACCACAAACACAAGAAUCCCCCUCUAAGAAACCUACCAAAUCAAAAUCUAAGAAGAAACUUACCCCAAAAAAAAGGAAACAAAAACCUGCCCCCCCACAGCCUACUGAAACUGACCCACAAUCACCCCAGCCCACACAACCUGAAACAACACAACCCACACAAGAAGCACCCCAGCCCACACAACCUGAAACUUCCCCCCCACCUCCAUCACAACAAGCAACACCUGAAACUGCCCCCCCCCCCCCCCCCCCCACCUCCAUCACAGCAAGCAGGACCUGA